UCUCUGACAGUCACAGGACCCAAGCGAGCGACGUGAUAGGUUUGAGUUCAGCUCUCAGAAUUUAUUCAGUGGGAGGGACCAACCUUCCAUAUAAAGACUGGUAUUCCAGGAAGUGUUAGACCACAGAACAGGACGGUGUCGAAUAAAUUCACUGGCUGAAGAUGCUGAGGAUCAGGCUGUGGCUGUUAUUGGGGGUGUUUGUGUGGGACUUUGCGUCCGGCCUCACCUGUCCUGACGGGAAAUUGUGCCUGGAUAUCAACACCUGCUGUAAGACUCCAAAUGGCUAUGGUUGCUGUCGUUAUCCAAAUGCCGUGUGCUGCCCAGACCAGGCUCACUGCUGUCCAUCGGGCUAUCAUUGUAACAUGGCCAACCAGAUGUGUGAAAAACAGGGCCAGCCGUGGAUGAAGAUACCCAUGGAGAAGAAGGAGGCUGCAGAGGAACCGUUCCCUCCUGUUCUACCUGUUUCUCCCCUGCAGGAGCUCACAAACAACCACGUCCAAGAGGCAUCAAAGAGCUCAGUCGUCCGUUGCGACAGCUACUACUCGUGUCCUGAUCGCACUACCUGCUGCAGACACCCCACAGGUGUCUGGUUCUGUUGCUCUUACUUUCCUGGCCGCUGCUGUCUGGAUGGCUACCACUGUUGCCCAUAUGGCUUUGACUGUGACGUCACUUACACCCACUGUGUGAGGGAGGGCCUGAGUUAUCCUUUCACCCCCAGACAAGCCCUGUCGUCAGUCCCCGCCUCUCUCAUUUCACCUCCAGACGACGAGGUCAGCUUUCAGGAGACACCAAUGACAGCUCUAACAGAGGCCAGUGACGGUUCCCGUGAGGAUGGAGUGAUUCGCUGCGAUUCCAAGUUUUACUGCUCAGGCGGGACGACUUGCUGCAAUGGAUCCAAAGGCCAGUGGACCUGCUGCCCCUACCCACUGGGCCAGUGUUGCUUAGAUGGUCGGCACUGCUGUCCAUAUGGAUCCACCUGCGAUCCCUCCUCCUUGAAAUGCAAGGCAUUUUACUCUGUGUUCCCCUCAGGAUCACAGGAACAUGUGAAAACAGACUGAGGACAUGCUGUUACAGUUCCCCGUGGCAUCUUUCUCAUCGUUUAUUUUGUUGCAUAUUUCAGAUAAAUUUUUUGAUGGCUUGUUGUCCCUAUAAAGACAAUUAAAGAUUCAGUGUGUUGAAUUUUGUGAAAUCUAGUGGUGAAGUUGCAUGUAGCAGCUGAAUACCCCUCACCUCACCCUCCCCUUCCAAAUCGGAGAGAGAACCUGUGGCAUUCAGUUGACAUACAAACUCAAAAGGUGUUUACUUUGACUGUAAAAAACAUGGUGGCCUCCGUAGGGAGGACCCGCUCCCAAUGUAGAUAUAAAGCAUUUGAAUAUAAAGGAUCUAUUGGAGGGUAAAGAAAAAAUUUCGUACAAUUUUGAUGUUUUACACUCAAGUGAAAACACCACUAGGAUUAUUUUACAUUCAAUUUCUGCCAAUAAAUCCCUUUCAUCUGAAUCUUACACACUGAACCUUUAACAGAAACAGAACAGAAUUAGAGUUACCAUGAGAAGAGGAUGUUUAUAAUUAGUUUAGAAAUACACUCAAUAGACAAUCUAACGGAUCAAUAAUCUGCACAUAACCUAGUUCCUAUUACUCAUUGUCUAUUCUGAUUUGGUUUUGUUUGUUGUUUCUUACAAAUAGUGUGAUAUCAGCAUUACAUUUUCAUACCUGUACUUUUUUAACUGUGUUUAUUAAAAUAUAUUUGCAUUAUUAAAUCAAAUCAAACAAUCAAGUAUUAAAGCAAAUCUAAACCUG